AUGGAUGCACCUGAGCAAGAUCGGGAUGUUGUCAUCCAGAAAUAUUCAGCAGACCUAGUCACUGAUUUUGAUCGUUCUCUGAUACCGUUCCUGAAGAAGCCCAACGGCCAACUUCGGAGACGCGUGCGUAUGAGGGAAACGUCAAGACUGAUGUCACUUGUUCUGGAACCAUUCCAAGAGCUACCACAGCUGCUCGAUCCGCAUCUGCCCAAGUGGUUACCGACUUUGGCGGAAGCAUACUUAGGGUGUUUACAAGACCACCGUAAACAUAGAUCGCUAUCUAUGCGGUCUCAACUUCUACUUCCGUUAUCUGAUGCAAUAUGCAAACUUCUUUAUACAUUUUGCAAAAUUCGAGGGGAGAAAGUCAUCGUUAGAUUCUUAAAUGUAGAGACGAAAUACUUAGAGCUUCUCCUGCUCGCCAUCGAAGAAUCGGAGCGUAAUGCUGAUUCGGCUACUUCAUGGACCUGGCAUGAAAGAUAUAUUACCCUACUAUGGUUAUCCCAACUAUUCUUCGCUCCUUUCGAUCUCUCGACUAUAUCAUCUGGUGACGCUGACGAUCUCGAUCGGCUCACCGUUUCCGGAUUUGAGUGGCCGUCCCAGGUUCCUGGUAUCGCCUUAAGGGUUAUUCCCCUGGCGGUCAAGUAUAUUGCGUCGCCUGGCAAGGAAAGGGACGGAGCAAAGGCUCUCCUGGUUCGAGUGGCGAUGCGGAAGGACAUGCAGGAACUAGGAAUACUCAACGCUCUAGUAAAAUGGGCUUUGUCGACCUUGAAGCCAUCGGAGGAUGCCCCAGCUAAAUCUCCGUACUAUUACAUUGGUACCAUUUCAUUCUUAGCUGGGAUCCUCAGUGCCGCCGCAGAUACGUCCAUCAUGGAUCCGCAUCUUCCUUCUAUUUUCAGUACCACACAAGCUAUCGCCUCCGGGGAGGACCCCGUUUUCGACGUCAUUGUCGGUUCUGCGCUAGCUCGGAAAAUGCUCAUUAAAGUAAUACGCUCGAUCGUCACUCUGGUCUUGCGGAAAUCACAGCAAGUUGAUACUGAUACUGAAGUAGUAGAAACUUCUAUCGGAUAUCUACUAGAAAGAUUAGCAGAUAAUGAUACGCCGGUACGCCUUGCUGCCAGCAAAGCUCUUAGCAUUGUUGCACUUAAACUCGAGCCUGACAUGGCCUCACAAGUCAUUGAAGCCGUUUUAGAAUCACUUAACCGAAACGUGCUCUGGGUCAAAAGUAAGGCGGACCCAUCUGCUCCUCCUACGCGAGAUAUUACGGCCGUCGAUCCACUGGAGUGGCAUGGGCUGAUGCUCACUCUUUCACAUCUUCUAUACCGGAGGUCACCACCUCCUGACAACUUAUCCGAUAUUAUUCAUGCCUUAUUGAUGGGACUUUCUUUCGAGAAGCGAAGUCCAUCAGGAGGGUCAGUCGGCACCAACGUCAGAGACGCAUCUUGCUUUGGUAUAUGGGCACUAGCUCGACGUUACAGCACUUCUGAGCUGCUUCAAGUACAGACACAAUCCGUGUUAGUUGCUAGGGGGCACGACCCCGCUGCAUCGAUAUUACAAGUGAUCGCUACCGAAUUAGUAGUGACCGCUUCACUUGAUCCCGCCGGGAACAUUCGACGUGGCGCAUCUGCCGCUCUCCAGGAACUAAUCGGCCGUCAUCCUGACAUUGUGGAGAAGGGUAUUUCUGUAGUACAGAUAGUCGACUAUCAUGCCGUCGCUCUUCGCUCCAGAGCGAUACAUGAAGUCGCCUUGCAAGCGACUAGAUUAUCACCACAUUACGGCCGCGGGUUAUUGGAAGCGACUCUUGGGUGGCGAGGUAUAGGGGAUAUGGACGCAGGGGCUCGGAGAGUAGCAGCUAGUUCCUUUGGCGCCCUGACAGCAGAGCUGGUCGGCGUCAGAACCUCCGACCCCUUAGGCUAUUUCAAAGACUCCGUUGACUUGCUUCUAUCUCGGCUCGGAGCUCUUCAAGUAAGACAAGUAGAAGAACGGCACGGACUCCUAUUGAGCCUUGCGGCUGUCUUUGAUCUCCUUCCACAACUUGUAGACAGAGAACCCGAAUCACUCCAGAAAAUACCAACAGCUGAGAUCUGCACCACUUUAAGAAAGAUUCUACAAGAUUUCAAAAACAUCAAGUAUAGAAAACCAGAAUUGAUUGCGGAAGCUGCUGGUCGACUUGUGGUAUCAUCAACUCCGGUCCUUCUGUUAAGCGUUGCACAGAGCCAUUUUCUAGGCCCUCAAAGCACAAGUUUGCAGUCAGGUCUCUUUAUUGUGGACGAAGAUAACUCUGCACAUUUGAGUUCGAUUGCGGAUUUAUUGGAUACACCACACAGCGAUCGUCCACAACAUGUUAUCGAGCUAUUAGGAACUUUACAAGAUACUCUGAAUAAUUGGCUCGACAAAAAUGAUAUUGAAGUAGUCAAGACUUCAUCGAAGGCUGCUCUAAUUUUACUUAUCUUUGCUACCCGAGAACGCCGCGCUCAGAUCAUCGAAGAAUGGUCUAAUAAAGUACGUCGUCCGCAAGCACAACGUGCCAAGCAUGGAGAUGGCUUCUUCCAUGCUCUUACCUGCGCGUACCAACUUCAGCGGAACCAGCACGAUCGUUCAGAAGGCAUCCUAGCAAGUAAAGUGCUUGCAGAACGAUGGGCACAAGACAGCGAUAUAGAGACUCACGUCGCUAUUCUGCAAAGUUUAGUUGGCAGAGCCAUCCUUCGAGACAGGCCAUUAGACUUUCUUACCAUCGUCUCAGAAGGCUUGGAUGACUACACGACGAACGCACGCGGAGACGUCGGCUCCCAUGUUCGAUUGGAAGCGAUCAAGGCAACAAAGACUUUGUGGGACUCGAAGAGAGAUGACGAACAUGUCAUAUCAACCCUCUUCCCACGCAUACUUCGGUUAGCAGCCGAGAAGUUAGAUCGAGUUCGUACCGAAGCGCAGUCGGCAUUGACUCUACUUUUACAUCCAAGAUAUGCUCAGACCUUUAGCAAGUUAUCUUUCUCCUCGAAAGACUAUUUCAAUUUCCUACUUCGGCUCUGCGAUAAAGAGCGAUUAGAUCAAGUCGCGGCGCAAUUUUGGACACUCAGCGUAGAUGACUGCACAUCCAUACUUUUAGCCGGCCUAGUAACCUCAGCUGACACAGGGAACGAAGACUUGGUCAUAGUCAGUAGAGCCUCAGUCGCCAACUUUUGUGAGGAGUCAACAGAAAAUCGGAAGCAGAUAUGUACUGCUCUCCUUCGCAAUCUUAGGCAGUAUCAAGGCCAGGACCGGGUCAUAAUACCUACGUUAGAAGUCGUGGCGUAUUUGUUUCACGUUGGCGUUCUGCAGCGGUGUCCUGAGAUAAACCUGCGGCAACUGUGCGUCCUCGUGCAGAAGGCGGCGUACAAGACCGGCAACGUGCGCAAGCUCGAGGCCUGCAUCAAGGUCUACGGCGCUAUCGCGGCCGUAGAUGCGGAUGAUGACGUGCCGGACAUAUCGCCGGAGCUAGCGAUAAAAAGACGCGAGGGCGUUCUCGAGGCGAGAAAGAGGCUUGGCGUUCUUUUAGUGCACCCUUGGCCUAAGGCAAGAUGCUUAGUUGUUGAUGAACUCUGGGGCUUGGUGUAUGACAACGACGGAGAUACGAAACGCGCGAAGCUCCUCUCCGUGGAUUGGAGUAAAGCCGAGAAGGCAUACGUAAAGAAUAUAGUGGGAGAGCUUGGACUUGAGUAA